AUGACGACCAAGGCUGCCAGCUACAUUGAGCAGCUUGACAAUGCUCGCUGUCGAGGCGACUGGGCUGCUGUCCCCGAAUUCAUUCGCAAAGUGCGCAAGCAUGCUCCCCAGCGAGAAUGCCUCGCCGUGACUGCCGAAACGGAAUGUGCCAUUUCCAGCGCGACUACGGGCUCCGAGCGCCCCUCUAUAGCCGCUAUUAUCGAGACGCUCAAUGUCGAUGCCACCAUACCCAAGUUGCACGCUGCCAUUGACGGCGAGACGGCCCACCCCCAAGAUGCAUUUCAGGCUCGUGUUUGUGUCGGCUGGAUGUAUUGGGUCGUUGCCGAAUAUACCCUCGCCCUCGACCAUCUUCCUAGUGGCCUCGCCGAAGCUGCCCAGGAUGGCCGUGAGUCCCUGACCGAGUGGACCAGCGUCUGCGCCAUGAAGUCUGCCUACCUCCGCGCCAAUUGUCUCAUGCGCGACAGCAAUCGUCAGUCGGCGCUCGCCGCCUUCCAGUCCGGCCUGCCCUCCCUCGACCGCGUUUGGGGCGGCCAGCCCGUCCACUCCCAGCUCAAGUACUGGUCCGAGCUGUACCUGACCGAAUACUGCACCCUGACUAGUCAAUCCAUUCGUCAAGGAGACGCCACAUUCGACCAACAAAACUCCAUUUCCUGCUUCCGCGCCUGGGCUCGCUACUGGGAAGCCAUGUCCGCUCCCGUCACUGGCGGCUUUGGCUUCAAGGGCUCCGCCACAUCCGUCCCUCGCCGAGCGAUAUGGAAUGAAUACUACCAGGGACUCUCCAAACAUCUUCUCAACGACGACGCAUUCCCUACUGCCAACCUCGGUAAUGUCACUCCCGACACGCCGGCUCGAACCCAGUUGCGAAUGGAGCUCAGGCGCGUCGAGGCCUCCUACCAAAGACUUCUCCUGUCCGAGACAACGUUUCCUCGAGCCGAUGAGCACCGCGCCGAAGUAGAGAAAUUCGUUCAGCAAGUCAUGGACAACUGGACUAUUCUCUGUGGUCGUGGAUGGAGUGAAAAGGACCUCGGACAGGGUGGUCGCGCCGGCAUCAGUCGCGGCGUCCUCGAAACCUUGUACGGCGCUGCAACCAAGACCUAUCACUCCACACUCAUUCUCCGAUCAUUAUUUACCGUUCAUGUCGCCGUUGCCGAGUUCGAUCUUGCAUUCAAAGCCCUGGACUCGUACCUCGAAAUCGUCAGCAAAGGCAAAGCUCGUAUUGCCAAGACCGGCAUUGCUGAGCCUAGCCUAGACGGCGAUGCCACUGUUUUGGAAACCAUGGCUCAGGCCAUCAUGACCCUCUGCCUUUACGGGCACCACAAGUCUGCAGAGAAAGCUCGCCAGCUUGGUGCUGAGCUUGAAGACUGGCUUGCCAGGCUGCCACUGAACCAAGCCGGGAACGAUUCCAGUAGCUAUGUGCCGCCCCGCGUCAUUGCGCUCGCCUGGCAGGCCAUAGGUCUGUCUCACGCUCACUGGUCUCGCUCAACAUACGAAGCAGGGUCCCGGACUGAGAUUCAGUCCAAGGCGAUCCGGUGCUUACGAAAGUCUCUCUCUUCCGAAUUUGGCCGGUCAAAAGAUACUCGCAGCAUCUUCGCCCUCGGUGUGCUCCUUGCUGAGCGCAAAGAACUCUCCACCGCAAUCGAGAUUGUCCGAUCCACGCUCAUGUCCGCCAAGCGUGAUGAGAGCACCACCAACGAUGAGCUCUAUAGUGGUCCCUACUGGCAAGAGAGGUCGCUCAUUCCCAUGUGGCAUCUUCUUGCCCUGCUGCUGAGCGCUCGUCAAGACUACGCCAUGGCUAGUAGAGCUUGCGACGGCGCUGUUGAGCAAUUCAAGGAUCCUUCUAUUCUCUUUGGCAAGACGGAAGGCUUCAAGAGCGAGCACCUCAAUGACGCCGAAGCAAAGAGUAUCUCAACAGAAGUACAUAGUGGACUAGUAGACGAGAUGGACGAUUUCGAAAAGGAGGAGCUUCUUGAAGUGAAGAUGACACAACUGGCCCUCAUCGAACUACAGGAUGGGCCUAAUGCUGCAGUCAAUGCUAGCUACGAGCUCCUGUCACUCUUUACUCGUUUGUUUGGCAAUGUCUCGGCCCCGCCAAGCGUGCACACGCAAUCUGACGCUGGUUCCAAGAUCGGCUCCGGUCGUAGCAGCCUGCGUGGCAGCAUCUUUCAAUCCAAGGAGAAAUCGCGGGCAUUAACGAGGCAGUCGGAUGAGACUCCGAGCGAAAGAGUUACUGGACUUCCCCUCAGGCCCCCUACCUCACAAACGGUGGCACCCGCCAUCCAGGUUACAGAUGAGACCCCGCGGCCACCGACAUCCCGCCGCGCCAGCAUUGGCCCUGGAGAUGCUCCGCGACGCAACAGUCUCAAGAAGAGAAAUCGCAGCCAGAGUAGAGGGAAGACGUCUACCAAUGGCACUCUGCCCCACUGGAACAGCCACGUUGACGGCGAGCCCUUCUUCACGCCCAAUCCGGAUGGAAGCCAGCCCGACGCGCCGAGAGGACCACCAAUCGCCAUGUCUUCGACGUUUCUCACUCGCGAAAAGACAGUUUCUUCCAUCACCUCGCGGGGCUCCAUCACGUCAAAAGGCACAGAGUUUUCGGAUCUGUCUCUGGAAAUGACACAUGUGCCGUCACAACUGCUGCCGCUGGUGGUGUUCUCCAAGGAAAGGGAGAGGUGCAGACGCACAGCGGUCUUGGUCAAGGUCUGGGAAAUGAUUGCGGGUUUCUAUCGUCGUGCGAAUAUGCUGGAAGAGUGCAAAGCUGCUAUUGCAGAGGCACAAAAACUAGUGCAGGGUUUGGAGACUGAGUCGACUCGCGAUCCCUCAAUCAUUGGAGCCGCAAAGUCUACCGUCUGGGCCGAAAAGAAGAGCAUCGAAGCUUUGUGGGGUGAUGUAGCAUCUGAGCUUGGUUCGUUAGCCCUCGCCGCAGGCAGACCGCUUGAGGCCCGGGCCGAGUUCGAGAAUGCUUUGACGCAUUGCCCUGACCACCCCGCCGCUACCAUUGGCUUGUCCAACAUUCUUCUCGACAUCUACAGCGAGAAGUUGCUUCCCGAACCUGCCAUCCCAGCACUGGCGAACAGCGAGGUUGCGUCGGACCCAGCCAGCAUUGCACUCUACGAGCACCGCAAGGCGGCUUCCGCUGCCACAGCCUCACUGCCCUCUAUCGCACUUGGCUUGGGGCCAUCAAACGCCGCUGAUAACGAGCCAAUUCCGACUCCGGGUGCGAACCCGACGUCCGUCUUGAAGCGCGCCAAAGACAGCGGCGAUGACCUCCCUGCGCCCUACAAGACAACGAGCCUACCACUGUCCGACCGCUUGGCCGCCCGCGAUCGCGCCUACACGCUCCUCUCAGGUCUCACGAGGCUGGGGACGGCAUGGGACUCGUCGGAAGCGUGGUUUGCGCUCGCACGCGCCUACGAGGAGAGUGGACAGCCCGACAAGGCCAAGGAUGUGCUCUGGUGGUGUGUUGAGCUGGAGGAAUCGAGCGGCGUGCGGAGCUGGCGCAACAUUGCUGCUGACGGCUACAUUGUUUAA